AUGAGCGCAGCACAACCGGAGACCGAAUUCAACAUCAAUCAAUUCUUGCAGAACGCAAUGGCCCUCCCACCUAUUGAACCUAAUGAGGAGGAGUUCGUGCAGCUUUGCCAACAAUUUCAAAGAAUUUAUUCAACACACCCUAAUCUCUUACAAAUUACACAACCAAUGACAGUUGUCGGCAGUAUUCAUGCCCAACUCGACGAUAUUCACGAAAUGUUUGAUGUUUGCGGUGCUGUUCCGUACACAAGCUAUCUUUUCUUAGGCGAUUUCGUUAAUUACGGCGAUAGAAAUAUUGCCACCGUUUCUCUCCUAUUUUCUCUUGCCCUCAAGUACCCAGACCAUGUCUAUCUUCUUAGAGGAGCACAUGAAUCUCGUCGCCUUACUUUAGUUUGUGGCCUAUACGAAGAAAUAAUUAACGCAUACGGCUCAGCUAGAGCAUGGGAAUAUCUCAUGGAUGCUUUCGAUUCACUUCCGCUCGCAGCCCAAGUUUCAUAUCAAUAUAUCUGCCUUUCCGGUGGCAUUGAUGGAAUAAUUACUAAGCUCAACCAGAUCAACGAAUUUAACCGUUUCGUGGAAGUACCUCUUAGCGACUACUGGUCUUCUCUUGUUUGGUCCAUUCCGAAGGAAGGCAUGUCAGGAACGAAGCCGAUCGAAGGCCACCAUGGAGUAUACUUCGGUGAGGAUGUUCUCGAGAAUUUCUUCAAGCUGAACGGCCUUACUUGCAUGAUUAGAUCAAAACAACUUUGCAUGAAUGGCAAUACUACUUCAUUGAAUGGAAAAUGCAUUACUAUUUGGUCAGCACCAAACUUCAACGGCUGGAUCCAAAAUGCUGCUUCCGUUGUACAGAUGUAUGCUCCAACAUCACAAUUCGGACAGAAAUCAGAUCAGAAGUUCCCAUUGAUGAUCAAUACUUACAAAGCUCGUCCAGAGUCAGAGAGAAUCGAGCGCAACCGUCCUCCAUUCCAGGAUGUACACUCCCUUGACCAUAUCUAUAUCAAACACUUACCUAAGUACCCAUAA